AUGCGUACACGCGGGUUUGUAGAUAUGUUGGUGAAGAGGGGAUGUGGUAGACGGAAAGAUAAAGGCUGUUGUGGGCGGAAAGCACUUAAAAAGCUCCCCGCAUUGUUUAUUAUACACCCGGUUUCUCAAGAUUGGAUUAUCCCUCGGAAAACGACCGCAGAAAUAAAUAAUACCGCGGAGGGCCGUUCACGGUCCGAGGAUCAAGGAUCGCACAAGCCCGCAAUGCCGUUUGCAGAUUAUGGUCUCAACACUUUGAAACUUCACCGGCACGAGUGUACGACCUCCACUACUCUCUUUUUCUCUCUCUCUCGUACACACACACACACAGGCAUUGGCCUUUAA